AUGGGUAGCUUAAUGUCGACAUUGGCCGAUUCGGAUGAAGAUGGACAAUCCGCGCAAGGUCACCACUAUACACCAACACCGGACGACGUCGACGUUGUACGCGGUUACCUUACGCUCUGGGUUCCCGUGGAGUUGGCCAACGUCAUCAUCGAUGAGGCCCAGUACUGGCCCAAAGUCCACUUUGGUGUGAGACCACCAGACGACGUUCCGACAUGCGUCUUUGAAACCGGGGGUCCCGAGUGCUCUUUGGUCACUCCAAAACUAUCCGAGCUGAUAGGGACGACAAAGUUUGUGAGAAUCAAGAAAGUCGUGUUUAGGACCAUCAGUCACGACCAAGGGUUCUGCAGCGAGAACAACUUCCCCAGCAAAUAUCUCGGGUCCUGGACAUGGUUUGAAGCGGGCAUUAUCCGUGAAGUCGAGAAGACUUCAGUUGGCGAACAACCUGGCACAGAAGAAGGUCUGAUUCUUACGCGCGUCCGGGACUUCAUGGAUGCAAUGGACGACACAGUUGGAGACGGUAUGAAGAUUGCUUUGGUCGCGAAUCCUAGUCAAACAGAUUCGAGCACUUGGCAUCUACAACGGAACAUACGUGCCUCCCGCGAAGAUGCAAUACAUCAAAUUGUGUGGUCUGAUGAGGUCCCCGACUAUGCAGAGGAGGACGAGAUGAAGUUCAUUGAUUCGACUGGUGCUGGGAGAGGCAUGGGAUACGUUCGAUGUUUGCAGCCCAGUGAUAGGAUUGUUGUAAUCGCGAAGGCAAAGUUUGCAGCAUGGGCGAACUAUGUGAGACAGGUCGAGGUUGAAGUUUACUAUUCUGAUUGA